AUGGAUCAAGUUUUCAGCAAAGCCGGUUCGUUUUGGCUUAAACAAAAAGCCAGCAAUGAGUUUGGCUCUGUCGGAAAGGAUGCCAAUUCAUUGUCAUCGAGCAUUGAAGGAGGCACCAAGUGGUUGGUUAACACGAUCAAAGGAAAGGUCCAAAAACCAUUACCGGAGCUCCUAAAAGAGUACGAUCUCGCAAUCGGAAUAUUCCCCCGUGAUGCAACGAGCUACGAUUUUGACGAGGAGACAAAGAAGCUAAAGGUUUACAUUCCGAAAGUGUGUGAAGUUGGGUACAAGGAUCAAUCCGUGCUGCGUUUCGCAACGGAAGUGAGCGGUUGUUUGGAGAAAGGGAAGUUGUCCGAAAUAGUUGGGAUUAAGACAAAGGUGAUUGUUUGGAUGAAGGUGAGUUGUAUCACCUCCGACAAAACCAAUCUCCAUUUCCAAGCCACUGUCACAAGAUCUAGGAGUAGAGCUGCUUAUGAAGUUGAAAAAGAUGGCACUGUUUGUGGAAAGUUCUAGCUGUUCCUAAGAAUUCCCCCCUCUCAAUAAAAGCCCUUUAAACUAGAAAAUUCUUGGGAGUGAAUGAUGUUGGUUUGGUCUUAAUGUAAAUAGUCUAUACAAUUUGAACUGGCAUACAUGUGUAUUACUUGUAUUUCAUUGGGUAUAAUAUUGAGCAUUGCCAGACACAU